AUGUCACGCGUCGCUUCACUAUCACGACGUCAUCUUCUCACCUCCCUCACUCAACAACCUAGACGCUACUUCUCAGCUACCAUGGCUUCAUCCAAGGAUAAAUGGUCCGCAGACCAAUACGUCAAAUUCCUCAAAGACCGCACCCGUCCUUCUACAGACCUUCUAGCCCACGUCCCCAACACGUCUCCCAAGCGCGUCGUGGACGUUGGCUGCGGGCCCGGCAACUCAACCGCCGUGUUAGCCGAGCGCUUUCCCAACGCUCACGUCUCAGGCUUUGAUUCCUCAGCUGACAUGAUCAAGAAGGCGAAACAGACUCUUCCUAAUGUUUCGUUCGAGGUCGCUGAUCUUUUGACCUACAAGCCUGAGGAACCUGUUGACGUUCUCUUCUCCAACGCUGUUUUUCAAUGGUUGCCUAAUGGACAACGUAUUGAGAUCGUGAAAAAGCUUCUUGAGCAUGUUGCACCUGGUGGAAGUCUUGCUUUUCAGGUCCCGUUCAAUCUUCAGGAGCCAAGUCACGUUUUCAUGAGAGAGACAGCGGAUACGCCUAACAUGCCUUGGACGGAGAAACUCAAAGCUGCUAAUUACUCCCGAGACCAGUUUCCUUCACCAACGGAGAUUUGGGAUGGAUUGAAGCACUUGUGCUCUGAUCUCGAUAUUUGGCAGACGACUUACAUGCAUGUUAUGGAGAAUCAUGAGGGUAUUGUUGAGUGGGUCAAGGGGACUGGUCUUCGGCCGUAUCUCGAUCCGCUGUCAGAGUCUGAGCAGGAGGCUUUUGUUGAGGCUUAUUUGAAUAAGCUGAAGAAGGGUUAUACUGCACAGAAGGAUGGAAAGGUUCUUUUACCAUUUCCUCGGUUGUUUGUUGUUGCGACAAAGGCAUAG